UUUACGUUAUCAACUCAGUUUAUGAUACCAAAUUACCUUGAUACCAUUGAGGCCGAGCUCGGAAAGUUUGCCUUGAUUUUUCUCAUGAUGUAUGUUUGUGGAGUUUAACGCCACUUAAGGGAUCAGACAAGAUUUACGUCCUACGUAAUAGAUAAUUGCUUAGUAACAGGCCAAUACAAUCCUACGCUCGAUAGCGUUCUUCGACUUUCCGUAAAUGAAUACUGAUGUAUUUGAACCUUUGAUUAAGCUUUUUCAUGGGAAGAGAGAAUCUAGAAAAUUGAUAGUACUUCCUUCACACAUCCACGGUUUCUAUUUUCUUUCAGAGCAAGGGAUUUCUUACAUACCAAUCAUUAAAAAUAAGGAAGUCAAUAAUUAAAUGACUGGAGCGACAAUAGAAGUUUUACGUCAAAGGAAACCGAGUACCACACAAAUGGUUCUGCAUGGAAUAAAUGCACAGUUUCUUACCAAAAAGUUUAAAUUAAAAUUAUGUGAUUGUGUGAAGUAGAUCGAUUUUCAAUUUUAUUAUUCUUCAAUGAAAACAGAACCUGUUUGGCUUCGUCAUACAGCCGGUUGAAAACAAGUUAAAAUUUUCAUUUCUUUGUGUAAAAUAUUUUUAAGUCAUCUCAGCAACGGCAGCUUAUUCCAUGGAGCUACAUCAAUACAGCUCACACAUGCACACCUGCCUUGUUUGCAAUCAAUUCAAUUUUGGCCACGUGACUCAUUACUCGAUACCGAGGCAGACUGGUGUGUGGCUUAUUAUUAAAGCUCGUAUGUUUGUGGAAUCUAGUGAGUCGUAACGCGCAGAAACAUAGAUAUAAUCAUCUAAAGAUUCCGUGAUCUUUGCUAUGACAAGAUGGUCCUCCAACAGUGUUUGGCCUGUAACUCAGUGAAGACUGACUCAUGCACUUCAUGUGCAUGCGGCCACGUGUUUGAACACUGUAAGCUGAUUGGUGGAAAGAGAUUUUCAGAAUAUCGAGUUGAGCUAUAUUCUCGAUUGGAAAACAGAAGAGUGAGAAGACUCACAAGGGAAAAGAGAAGGAAAACGAAGAAUAUUAAACAGACACGACUCGAGACUAGGGCGGCGGCAGAUCAAACACCAGCAGCCAUACAUUUACCCCUUAAGAAGAAAACACAGACACCCAGCCAAUCUGCUACCCGACGAAUGAAAGCCAAAACAUUCAGUUCGCGCACAACUGGCUCUAAAACAAGCAAAACUUCCCCUCCCCCGGAAUUAGUGUCCAGGCUUCCUGAUGCUCUUCAGGAAAUCAACAGAAGAUUGACAGGACAGAAUCUGAUGUGGUGGACAGUUCGCUGGAUGCAGUAACAAUUCUUACUUUAAAGGACUUUCUAAACUUGAAAAUAUGCCACAUUUCCUGUCAGCCUCAGAGAGGAUUACAGUCAAGAGUCACGAUAUCGAUUCUGAAACCAUUCAAGACUAUGCCGAUAUUUCCGUUUUUAGUUAAAUAGGUGGGGUAUUUUAUUUAAACUGAUUAGCCAGUUUCUGUAUCUUUCCGCACAAAUGCAAAGCAUUCCAAAUGAUAGUAGGAUCAACUGUUUGAAACUUCAUCCAAGCAAAGGUGACCCGCCUAAAGAUAUCUUUUGUUUUCUUAAGUGGCAUAAGUCCUCUUUCAUUUCAGUCUGAUGCCUGAAAAUAAAUGAAGCCUGCAGUGCACUUGUUUUUCGUGAUUUGAGGGAUUAUGUAAAGAAGUUAUUUCCACCGAAGCUCUGAUAAAGGUGCACUAACACGGUUGCAAAAAAAUUGAACCUGAAAAUGACAAAAAUAUUCUUGAUUACUUUUUUUUAUUUUAUACUCUCCUACGAUAUUAACAAUACAUUACUUAGGAUACUGAUGUAGCCUAACUUACGAUAUCUAGGCUACUUAAACUUGCUUUACAAAAGUUUUCCAGUCUUUUUUUUAACUCAAAGAAACUUGUAAAGAAAGAAUGAUAUAACAACAUUUUUAUCAAACGACUCUUACACAACUUCAAUACAAUUUUUGCACUACUUUUUUUCCGCAAUACCAAUACCACUACCUACGAAAGAAAUGACAAAACCAACCAAAUUUAAAAUAUUAGCACCGACAAUAAUGAUAUAACUAGCGUUACUUCUGGUAUUCAAAUGCG